CAGUGAGCUCGCGGAGCAGAGAGCGCUGCUGUGACAGUGGGAAGCACAAUCCGCGUGCAGCCAGCGCGAGGCAAAGACCUACUAACAAGCUGUGAACUAUGACUGGACGCACAACGUGCAGCACGAGAGAUGACUGACCACGCAGCAGUUUGGAACAAAUGACAGAAGAUUACACAUGCUGAACGAGAAGAUGCCAACCACUGAAAAUAAACCUAAUCUGAUUACAUUUAAGAACUGAAAGAUGUUGUAGAUGGUUUUAUCUCCAAUGGAUACCUAAAGUUGCUCCAAGAGAAUCAGUAUCAGCGAUUUUUCCUAAAGGGAUCACUUGGUGGAAGCCAGUGAGCAGGGGGCCAGGAUGUGGCCCCCUGAUCUUGGGCCUCCAGACGUCCAGCUAACUCUUCCUGGUUUUGGAAGUGUGUUUGAAGAUGCUGAGGACCUUCAAGCACCGCUGUCUUCUAGUGGCUUUUGUCAGUCCUCCAUACAUUCAGGUGGCCUGGGCGUGUGCUGUCUUCCAAGGACAUCCUUGUCCCUGUCCUCACUGGGCCGGGACCUCACUUCUCUGCUCAGCUGUAAGACAGCUGGAUCCCACAUAGAAAAGACUAUGGAGGACUUUGCCACCACUGCACACACAGAUCCCAAAAACAACACCCAGAGGUUCAGUUGUUACCCCCAACCCUCCCUCCCUUUAUCAUAUAUGCUCACCAGCUGUGCCACAUCAUCUCCGUUUGGCUCUCCACCAUCCUCUCUUUCCUCCUCCUCCUCCUCCUCCUCAACUUUAUUUUUUGCUUCUUCCUUGCCUCCUUCUGAUGCACCUGAUAGCAACAAGACUCCUAAUCUACAAGGAAAGAUACAGGAAGAGUAUCACUCAAUAAAACAAGAGCCUGCAGAUGAUUUUUCACCCUGUAAGAGGGAAACGUUUCAAAUCAACAACCAGCAGGGGGAGCUGUUCCAUGUUGGCCAGCCCCUCCAAGAUCAGGCCAGCACCCCGCUUCAUUUCCCAAGGCUUAAUGGACCUGUAGGCCAGGACCCCACAGUGGACCAACUGGACCAGCCCUGUCACUGGAUUGACUGUAGUGCCACUUACAGCAGCCAGGAGGAGCUGGUGAGGCACAUCGAGAAGGUGCACAUUGACCAGCGCAAAGGGGAAGAGUUUUCCUGUUUCUGGGCCGGCUGCGUGCGACGUCACAAACCCUUCAACGCUCGCUACAAGCUGCUCAUUCACAUGAGGGUCCACUCUGGGGAAAAACCCAAUAAAUGCAUGUUUGAGGGCUGCACCAAGGCGUUCUCACGUCUAGAGAACCUGAAGAUCCACCUAAGGAGCCACACGGGAGAGAAACCCUACAUCUGCCAGCAUCCUGGCUGCCUCAAGGCCUUCAGCAACUCCAGCGACCGGGCCAAACACCAGCGCACACAUCUGGACACGAAGCCAUACGCCUGUCAGAUCCCAGGAUGCACCAAACGUUACACCGAUCCCAGCUCGUUACGAAAGCACGUCAAAGCUCAUUCUGCCAAAGGCCUUCAGGAGAGGGAGGUCAAGGUUCAGGUGCACACAAUGUUGGAAUCGGAAAUUUUGAGUGAUUGUCUGGCGAGGCAGCAUCUCCACCAAGGAAACGGCUCACCUCUUCCCAGCUUAGAUGACUUCACAGGUGUGUACUCAAACAGCGGCUCCGUCCACAACAGGGAAAAUUCAGAGUUUCUCCCUCCAUCAGCAGACACCUGCUCCAGGUAUCGAGGUUUGGAGGGAAACUUUGAUGCCAACAGCCCAAUAUCUUCACUAACAAGUGCAGGGAGCAUGAGAGAGGGGAACAGACCAACAUCGUUGUUCAUGUCUGCUGAUGUCAGCCCAGCGAGCUCCUCAUCAGACAGAGUGGACGUCCAGCUGCAGGGUUACCACAAAACCUACAGCCACCAGCAAGUAUUCACACAGCAGCAAGGAUGUCUGUACGGAGAAGGGAAAGUGGUUCAGCCAGUCAAUGAUGGAGGCUUUGAACCCACCAGUUACUUCACAACUCCGUCCGCCUCUCACUCUACAGGGUUCGACUUGCUGCAGGACCUGCAGGGCCAGGCGGGGGGCGGUUACUCCAUGUCUCCAUGCUCAGACGACAGCUUCCUCUUCCAGGCAGGAGGUGUCGACCGCUGCCUCAACCAGAUCUACUCCAUCUACCUGGACUCAUGAUGGGCCACCCAAAACCAAAGAAGAAAAAAACUGCUCCAGAAUCACUUUGUUUUCCUAAGGAUGAACAACAGCAUGUAAAUGUGUGGCAGCAGACAAUCAUAACAACAGUGUACUGUUUGUUCAAGGCUGAAGUUCUUGUUUUGGACAGACAUAAAUAAUAUGUCAAAGGGUACAAACCAAAGAGCAAAAUUAACCAGAGACAGAGCUGCAGCCAGUCAAAUUCUAAAUGUGAAUAGCAGUGACUUUUUUAUUCAGAGAUGACCACAGCAUUUGUGAUCUGGAUAGGAUGAGCUAUGAGCCUCUUUUUGGUAGUUUGAUGUGUAGGAAAGUCAGGUAGCUGGCACUCUGGCUCUGCGAGUGAUGUUAACUAAACCAGUGAGAUUCAUUCUGCCUCCAUGAAAUAUUAAAAAAAAAAAAACAUUUGUCAGGACGGGAUCUUAUGAUGUCGUGGUUCCCAACCCAGGGUCAAUAAAUAAAUCUGCUGGGGUCAAAAGAUGAUUAAGAAGAUAACAAAUAACAAAAUAACACAGUUCUGCUUUAGAAAUUAUUCUAAUUUUUGUUUGACUUUUCUGUAAUUGUUGCUUUUUUUGUCAUUUCAAGGUAUCAUUAGCCAAAAAAUGUUGGGAACCAUUAUGUUAUAAUGGAUGAUGGGCUGGUUUUAAGCAGUCCGAGCAAUAGAGCAAAGAAUAGCUCAACAUUUUGGGAGAUAUGUUUGUUUGUUUCCUCUCUGAGAGUUAGAGGAUAAGGUUGAUAUCACUCUCAUCUCUGUGUGCUAAAAUGUAGCCACAGCCAAGUUAUGUUAGCUUACCAGUUUGCCUACAGGUAACUCUAAAGCCCAACUAUUUCUUGACUGUGAUGACUAGUGGCAUAAGGUAGUUACAACGGGCCCCAGUGCACGCUACCAUGCAUUUAUCGUCUUGUCACGUGGUCAGAAACUUGACAUUGGAUAACAUUAACAUAAAUACCCCCCCCCCCCCCCCCCACCUCAAAGGCCCCAGUGCAAUUACACUGCCUGCACUCUUUAUAUUUACAACCCUGGUGAUGACUCCACUCCAGGAAGUCACUACACCCAGCCAAGAAGUAGUCCGGCAUAUAACUACCCGUAAAACCACAUCUUGUCAUUUGUACUCUUUGGAUUAAACAUACAAGAUAUAACUUGUUAAUGAGUUAGCUUUAAAGUUAUUGGCCGGCACUUUUUUUUUUUUUUUUUACUGUUGAUGAGUCAAGACAAGUGGUGUCAGUACAGCAAAAGUUUGAGUACUCUCUGACAUUAACAUGGAUUCCAGCUAAUGUAAGAGGUCUCUUGGGACAGUAAGGAGUUAAAUGUUUAUUGAUGUGCUGUAAGUAAAGAGUAGGAUUUCAAAAUAGUGGUAAACAAUGCAAAGAGGCUAAACUGGAGUGACGUGAGAACUUUGUGGCUGCUGGAAUAGUUUCGAUCCUCUUGUCCAACUCUCGGACAGAAAGAUAAGUGUAUAGUCCCAUAUGUCAAGCUAUUCUAAACUAUUGUCUUUAAGGUCGUAGAGUGUAACCAGAGUGUCAUUGAGAAACCUCCAACAUCUUGGUAAUAUGCAGGGAACUGCAGGAGAGUGGCACGUACAGUGAACUGUAGCAAUGCUGCCACCAAGUGUCUGAAUGAUAGUAUAUAAAUAUAGUGUAUUUACAGUCUGUGGAUCAGUGUGGAGGACUCCUGGGACUUUAAAACUGACACACAGAAAGAAAAAAUGCACUAAAAUGUAUUGUUUAUGAUUUGUCUGUAAUGGACAUAAAGGUGCCAACAAAUAUGUUUCAGUAUGUGUAAUCUAACAAUGAUCAAGACCAAAGCAUAAUCUCCUUUUUUUUAUACCGUCUCUUCUGUUCUUUUUUUUGUUUUUGUUUAUUGUAUCAGUGUUAUAUUCAGUGAGAGGGAGGUGUGCAUUGUUUACAGUAAGUUCUCUGCACUCUUUUCUGUCUCAUCACAGAGACUUGAUGAUCAACCAGAAAAAAUGUUUACACUGAUUUUGUAGCAAUUCAGAGAUUUUCUUAUUAUUGUCUUUGAACAAUGUAUAUAGACUGUAUAAAAAGCACCUGUCUUUUAUAUCUAAAUAAAUAACUCUGUUU